AUGUCGCUUCAUGGACCAGCUGAAGUCCCCAAACGAUCUGACUCGGCCACCACGCACCGACAGCGCAGGACACCAUCGUUACGUGUUCAGACAACGCAGCUUCGAAGUUUCUCGUAUGACUCAGAGCCCGGGGCGAGGCGAGGCCAGGUGCCUGUGUCGUCAUCGGCAGCAGCAGCAGCAGCAGCAGCAGCGGGCCAAAGCGCCACAGGUCGAUCGAGACGCAGUACGAUGACAAGUCAUGGGCAGCUGCCCUCGGCCGGAGGUGCGGGUACGGUAGGAGGCUCAACAUCACGCACACAAUCGCCACUCUCUGUCCUUAGUCCGCGCACGCCCAGCUCUCAUGCACAUACGCGCCUGUUUGGGCGUGCAGCUGCGUAUGCAGCACAAUCCCUCGUGGAUGUCGUGACACGCUCGCUGUCGCCAAGCAGCACGCAUGGCUAUGCAUCUAUCCUAUUCGACAUGCCAACGGCUUCCUCCCCCAUAUCUUCCAUCGCAGACUGGGAUCAUCGACAUGCAGACGCAGGCACGUCCAGCAACGAUCAUCGCACUGCCGCCCAUUCCACAACGAGUUCUGCUAAUGGCCCUAACGGCGGCAGCGACAUACGUCAUCCCGUGCAACAACACCAACACCACGCGCAUCACCAUGUGAACGACGACGAUCGACGCAGUUCAUCGGAUACCACAGCGGGUUCGGCUCCCGCGUAUGCGCUGGCUGGUGACGACGACGAGGUCCAGCUACUCAGAACACAUGCACGCAAAUCAACGCACAGCGAACACUCGAUCCCCAUGGACGACAUUGUGGCGCCAAAAGCGAGGCAUGGGGCCGUAUGGCUGCAUCCCAAACCGAGCAAGGCGUCGGCAGCAUCGACACAUCGGCGCCAACGCAACCGCCAGGCGGAGCACGCGGCACGAUGGACAGCCGAGCAUGCAUGGGCGCGUUUACGAACAGGCUUAUCUUUGCUCGCGAAUCCACGCGAACUUGCCGCUUCGGUGCAUCAGCAUGUCCAUGCACAAUGGAUCUAUUGGGCCCGCGCAUUCCGCGACCCCAUGACGGACCAGCGAAUCUGGUGGCCGCCGUGGCUUGCUUCGUACGUGCCGCUGCUCAUCUGGGUCGGUAUCAGUGUGAUGAGCACGACCAUGGUCAUGCUCUUUCAUGUGCAGCUGUUUCAUGCAUUGGAUGUGCUAUCGACGACGCUCAGGAGCCUGGGUCUAGUGGGCCGCGUGCUCUUUGGCAUGAUCAUCUUUGUGCUAACGUUCCCACCGAUGCCGCUGUAUUCGACUAUGAUCGUGCUCUCAGGCUUUGCGUUUGGCAUGUGGCAGGGGUUCCUUGUCAGCUACGUGGCAGCGCUCACAGGUGCUGCUUCCGUGUUUGUGUUGAGUCGGACGCAUCUGAGGGCGUGGAUGAUGCGCCUUCUUGCACAUGCUGGUGGCCUGCAGCGGGUCAUUCGUGCGAUAGAGCUGCGGCCGCAGCUCUUGUUCCUCGUGCGUCUUGCGCCGUAUCCCUACAACCUUCUGAACAUGCUUCUCGCAAGCUCGCACGUGCUGACGUUCCGCACGUAUAUUACAUGCACGGCACUAGCGCUGCCAAAGCUCCUUGUUCACACAAGCAUUGGCGCAUCGAUCGAGAGCUUCGCUUCGUACCAUUCGGCGGCAAACGAGACGCAGGGCGCCGAUCCCUCCCACAAAAAGACCAACACGGUACGGCAGGUCUUUGGUGGCUUUGGCAUCGCUCUUUGUGUGGGCAUCUUUCUGUACUUGUACUAUGUGACGCGCCGCGCUGUUGAUACACUGGACAGCGAUGAAGGCGAAGAUGCCGAGUCCCUAGAUGAAUCGGCCACGACCGACAUGGAAGACGACAAAGACCCCCUAGCUAGCGGCGUCUAUGACCAAUCCAAACCAGGCACGCCACUGCGACGUGUGACGCCGCUCGAGCUGCGGCGGCCACGCUCCGUCAUUGCUUGGGACCAUCUUGACCGGCUGCCGCCGCCGCCGCCGGAGCCGCCUCUUUCUUGGCUUGCCGAAUCUAUUGAGCAAUUUGAACGUGCUGCCGAGCAGCGGGUUUUGUAG